GCGUUCAAGCGCUGAUGAGUUUAGAGGCGCUCUCUCCCCCGGAGUGACUAGUACCAGCGAGACGGACUUGGAAUCAUUUAAAAAAAUACAACAAUUCCCAAAUAUACACUUUUCGUUGCUUCACCGCUGGAUACGCGACUCGACCUGGGGUUGGAUUAACUUCGGGCCAGUCUUUUUUAGUUUUUCUUUUUCAUUUGCUUUGGGAAGAGGCAGACAAAGAAGACAAUGGGAUCUCAGUCAUCCAAGGGAGAGGUGGCCGUGGAGGCGAACGCCGCCGCCGCUGAUGCUGCGGCUGUCAAAACCAACGGCCAGGAGAACGGACACGUGAAGACUAAUGGUGAUGUCUCCACCAAGCCCGACGGGGAUGCCGCCGCCACUAAUGGCUCGGCCGAGGCGGCUAAGGAGCCCGAAGCCAGCGCGGAAGGCGACGCCAUCGAGCCCGCGCCCGCCGCCGACGGCGAGGCGGCCAAACCCGAAGGGGAGGCCGCAGCCGCUGCAGCCGGCGACGCCGCAACCAAGGAGACCCCUAAAAAGAAGAAGAAGAAAUUCUCCCUGAAGAAAUCCUUCAACUUCAAGCUGAACCUGAAGAAGAGCAAGAAGAACGAGAACGUCAAGGAGGAACCGGCAGCGGCCGCCGCCGCCUCCGAGGAGAAACCCGCUGAGAACGGAGCCACCGCCGCUGCCGCCGCGGAGGAGAAGAAGGAGGAGGUGAAGGAGGAGGCCCAGGCCGAGCCCCCGAAAGCUGAGGAGGGGGCAGCCAAAGAGGACGCCCCCAAGGAGGAGGCCAAGGAGGCAGCUGCUCCAGCCCCCGAGGCCUCGAAACCCACAGAGGAGAGCAGCUCGACCCCCGCCCCCUCUGAAAAGAAGGAGUAAUUGUAUGUGCCGCUCACAAUGAACUGGCUGAACUGUUUUUCAAAGAAAGAGAGAGCGAGAGAGAGAGCGAGAGAGAGAAAGAGAGCGAGAGAGAAUUUAAGAGUAUAUAUAUAUUUAUAUAUAUAUGUGUAUAUGUAUACAUAUGUAUAUGGAUAUAUGUAUAUGUAAAUAUAUACACAUGUAUGUGAGAGACUCCUUCGACGUGCCACUUUUUCGUCAAGACGACAGACGAGAUUCACUAGGUCACUUCCUGCUCGACAUCUGGACCUUGACUGACUUUUGAGGUAUUUUGGCGCGGCGGCAAGACGACAACACCAAGCGGACGAAAGGUUGAUAAAGGACACAUCUUUCCCCCCCCCACUUUGACAAAGAAGACAAGAUGCCUCCUUUGUGAAGAAAAGAAGCUCGAAAAAGGAACAACGAGGACAACACCACUUGAAAUGACUGUUAAAUAGCUACAAAAAAAAAAACAAGAAAUAAAUCCGAAGAGACUCGCCAACUUUUUACAUUCCUAUAUUUUAAUCCAAAUUUGAAGUAUUUUGUGGUGUAUUAUAGGGAACCAUCUUAAAAGAAGCUAUGUCUUGUUUGUUUAAAAAAAAAAAACUAUAGACAAGUUUUGAUUUUAUUACUAUGGAAAAAAAAAAAAACACUUCAGCUUGCUAUGUUCACUGUUGCGGUUUGAUAUGAAGCAGAGUUGUUUAUCUGUCGUGUGUGAGCCUGAAUCUGCUUUGUCUCUGUAAAUACAAUUGGAUUGAUUUCUGUUCUUUAUUUUGCUAAUGUUGACAGAUGUUACUGGUUUUAUUGUAAAGUUGAUAAUGGUAAAUAAAUGUUGGUCACCUGCCCGUG